AUGCCUGUUCAGCCCACAAACUCGACUGCACAAACACACACGAUACGCUCCGAGAAGUCGCAAGACAAUGAUUCUUUCCUCGUGUCCUUCGCCGACGCGCAAGAUCCUUCUAACCCACUCAACUGGUCGUCUGGACGCAAGUGGGCCGUCACCGAUGUGCUCUCGGCAACCGGCUUCAACCGGAUCAUGGUAUCGACCAUCAUGGCCCCUGCCCUGCCCCUCAUUGCCCAGGAGCUGCACAUGUCAUCCACGGAAGCCGUCAUGUCCAUGUCAAUCUACCUCCUCGCCACGGCCUUUGGCCCGCUCUUCAUCGGCCCGCUGUCUGAGAUGUACGGACGAGCGCCCGUCCUGCACGCCUCCAACGUUUGGUUCCUGGUGUGGAACAUUGCUUGCGGCUUUGCCACGACCAAGGAGCUCCUGAUUGGCGCCAGAUUCCUUGCAGGGUUUGGCGCGAGCUCGAUCUAUGCCCUAGCGGGGGGAGUGCUGGGUGAUGUCUGGCGGCCGGAACAGCGAGGACAGUCGUUGGCACUGUACUUGCUGAUUCCGCUGCUGGCGGUCGCUGUUGGGCCCAUCAUCGGCGGGUUCAUGGCCUAUCGCACAACGUGGCGCUGGAUGUUCUGGGCAACGUCCGUCUUCCAAGCCGUCAUGGUCGCCAUGUCCUUCAUCUGCUUCCGCGAGACCUAUGCGCCAGCGAUCCUCCAGCGCCGUGCCGAGCGGCUGCGUAAGACCACCGGUGACAGCCGCUACCAGACCGUCUUCGAGCGGCUCGAGACCAACAAGUCCCUCUCCACACGCCUCAGUCGCGCGCUGAGCCGGCCGCUGAGGCUACUCGCCUUCCACCCGAUUAUUCAAGUCACCUCCAUCAUGAGCGCCUUCAACUACGGCCUGCUCUACAUACUGCUGUCCAGUCUUUCCGAGAUCUGGACGGCACAGUACGGGCAGUCUGUCGAGAUGAGCGGGUUGCACUACGUUGCCGUCGCCGCCGGCGAGAUUAUCGGGUCCUUGAUAGGCGGCAAGCUGCUCGACAUGCUGUACCCCAUCAUGAAGGCACGCUUCAGCCCAAGACGACCUGCAGCAGCAGAUGCAGAAAUGCAACACCACCACAACGACACCGCAGGCGCGAACGACGACGAAGACGAGCACACCCCAGAGCUCCGCAUCCCCCUGAUGCUCCCGGGCCUCGCCCUCGCGCCGCUCGGCUUCUUCCUCUACGGCUGGACGGCGCAGUACCAUACGCACUGGUCGGCCGUGGACGCGGGCGUCCUGCUCGCGAGCUUCGGCAUGCAGCUCUCGGGCAUCCCGCGCCAGGCAUACGUCAUGGACGCGUACCCGGAGCACACGUCCAGCGCCCUCGCGGCGUCGCAGUUCCUCCAGAGCCUGACGGCGUUCCUGUUCCCGCUGUUCGUGCCGCAGAUGUACGCCAGCCUCGGGUACGGUUGGGGCAACAGCCUGCUCGGGUUCCUGGGCCUGUUUGUGGGGUGCCCGAUGGUCUGGGCCCUGUGGAUGUUUGGGGCGAGGCUGAGGAGUAAGGCCACCAUGAGCUACUGA